AUGCCGGAUAAAUACGGGUAUGGUGCUGCCUCCACCACCCCAUCUCCUUGCCUCCACUACCCCAUCUCCCUGCCUCCACCACCCCAUCUCCCUGCCUCCACUACCCCAUCUCCCUGCCUCCACCACCCCAUCUCCCUGCCUCCACCACCCCAUCUCCCUGCCUCCACCACCCCAUCUCCCUGCCUCCACCACCCCAUCUACACCCCUCCACCACCCCAUCUCCCUGCCUCCACCACCCAUCUCCCUGCAUCCACCACCCCAUCUCCCUGCCUCCACCACCCCAUCUCCACCCCUCCACCAUCCCAUCUCCACCCCUCCACCACCCCAUCUCCCUGCCUCCACCACCCCAUCUCCCUGCCUCCACCAUCCCAUCUCCCUGCCUCCAUCACACCAUCUCCCUGCCUCCACCACCCCAUCUCCACCCCUCCACCACCCAUCUCAUCUCCCUGCCUCCACCACCCCAUCUCCACCCCUCCACCAUCCCAUCUCCACCCCUCCACCACCCCAUCUCCCUGCCUCCACCACCCCAUCUCCACCCCUCCACCAUCCCAUCUCCACCCCUCCACCACCCCAUCUCCCUGCCUCCACCACCCCACCACCACCCCAUCUCCCUGCCUCCACCACCCCAUCUCCACCCCUCCACCACCCCAUCUCCACCCCUCCACCAUCCCAUCUCCACCCCUCCACCACCCCAUCUCCCUGCCUCCACCACCCCAUCUCCACCCCUCCACCACCCCAUCUCCCUGCCUCCACCACCCCAUCUCCACCCCUCCACCACCCCAUCUCCACCCCUCCACCACCCCAUCUCCCUGCCUCCACCACCCCAUCUCCACCCCUCCACCAACCCAUUUCCCUGCCUCCACCACUAAUCUCCACCCCUCCACCAACCCAUCUCCCUGCCUCCACCACCCCAUCUCCCUGCCUCCACCACUAAUCUCCACCCCUCCACCAACCCAUCUCCCUGCCUCCACCACCAAUCUCCACCCCUCCACCACCCCAUCUCCCUGCCUCCACCACCAAUCUCCACCCCUCCACCACCCCAUCUCCCUGCCUCCAUCACACCAUCUCCCUGCCUCCACCCACCCCAUCUCCACCCCUCCACCACCCCAUCUCCACCCCUCCACCAACCCCAUCUCCAUCCCUCCACCACCCCAUCUCCCUGCCUCCACCACCCAUCUCCCUGCCUCCACCACCCAUCUCCCUGCCUCCACCAACCCAUCUCCCUGCCUCCACCAACCCAUCUCCCUGCCUCCACCAACCCAUCUCCCUGCCUCCACCACCCAUCUCCCUGCCUCCACCACCCAUCUCCCUGCCUCCACCAACCCAUCUCCCUGCCUCCACCACCCAUCUCCCUGCCUCCACCACCCCAUCUCCCUGCCUCCACCACCCAUCUCCCUGCCUCCACCACCCCAUCUCCCUGCCUCCACCACCAAUCUCCACCCCUCCACCACCCCAUCUCCACCCCUCCACCACCCCAUCUCCCUGCCUCCACCACCCCAUCUCCCUGCCUCCAUCACACCAUCUCCCUGCCUCCACCCACCCCAUCUCCACCCCUCCACCACCCCAUCUCCACCCCUCUACCAACCCCAUCUCCAUCCCUCCAUCACCCCAUCUCCCUGCCUCCACCACCCCAUCUCCCUGCCUCCACCACCCCAUCUCCCUGCCUCCACCAACCCAUCUCCCUGCCUCCACCACCCAUCUCCCUGCCUCCACCACCCCAUCUCCCUGCCUCCACCACCCCAUCUCCCUGCCUCCACCACCCCAUCUCCCUGCCUCCACCACCAUAUCUCUACCCCUCCACCCCAUCUCCCUGCCUCCACCCCCCCCCCCCCCCCAUCUCCCUGCCUCCACCACCCCAUCUCCCUGCCUCCACCACCACAUCUCCCUGCCUCCACCACCACAUCUCCCUGCCUCCACCACCCCAUCUCCCUGCCUCCACCACCCCAUCUCCCUGCCUCCACCACCCCAUCUUCCUGCCUCUACCACCCCAUCCCCCUCUCUCCAUCAACCACAUCUCCCUGCCUCCACCACCCCAUCUCAACCCCUCCAUCACCCCACCUCAACCCCUCCACCACUCCAUCUCCCUGCCUCCACCACCCCAUCUCCACCCCUUCAUCACCCCAUCUCCCUGCUUCCACCACACCGAUCCCCCGCCCCUACACUAACAAUGACCUAUUUACAUGCAGAAUAUCACAUCCUUGUAACAUCUGCGCCCUAGACUGGGCACCCGUCUAUAGGUCGCCUCAUGUUCCAGCAGUAGCAUCAGUUAGUUGA